UGACAUUUUUAUCAAAUAUCUUUCAUACAUGUUUCGUAACACAACAUUAAUUUAUUGUACAAAAUGCUAAAAUUCAUUUCACGUGGAGGUGUUCCUCAGUUAAGAUCGUUUGUUUUGAAAUCUCAAUGUGGAAAUCUCCACUCAGUUUCAAAAUUGACCGCCAAUAUGGAGACCGCGCCAAAAUUAUUAGCCGACAAAUCCGCAAUUGUAUGGAUGGAUCUCGAGAUGACUGGGUUAAACUCGAUUUCUGACAAAAUAAUCGAAGUUGCAUGUUUGAUUACCGACAAGGAUCUAAACAUUUUAACAGAGGGUUUAAGCUUUGCUGUAAAUCACCCAAAAGAAGUGUUCGAACAAAUGAACGAGUGGUGUAUCAAACAACAUAAUGAAUCGGGUUUGGUACAAAGGUGCUUGGAGUCCGAUAUCACACAUGAUCGUGCGGAGACAUUACUUUUGGAUUACCUUCAAAAACAUGUUCCAAAAGGUAAAUGCCCAUUAGCUGGUAAUUCUAUUUAUAUGGACCGACUUUUCCUGCGCCACCACAUGUCAUCCGUUGACGAUUACCUACAUUACCGUGUUAUCGAUAUCUCAAGUAUAAAGGAAUUGUGCCGUCGAUGGAGAUCUGACUUAAUGCAAUCAGCACCCGAAAAACGUUUAAUGCAUCGAAGCUUAGAAGACUUACAAGAUAGUAUUGAAGAAUUAAAAUAUUACCGAGAAAAUUUCUUUAAAACUAUGUAGUUAAAUUAUCUGAAUAUCUCUAAUGUUUGUAAGAUAGCUUUAUAAUAAUAUUUAAUCUGUAUUCCCGAUUGGAUAUAAUUAGAAAAAGUAUACUCAAAGAAUUAAAAUUUUAUUGGAAUUGUU